CAAUUGGUCAAUUAGCAUUCCAUUAGAUCUCCAGCAACGGCGCUCAUCUUCAACUCCCACCAGCAACAAAUUUAAUAUCCACGCAACAGCUCGAAGCCCCCAGCCCUUCAUCCUUAACCUCUACCAACCUAUCCGUACUACUUCAGCAUCCUCAUCGCCAAAAUGGCCGACAGCUUUCGCGAAGAGAUACUCGACGCGCAGGUCGGCACGGGCGCUGAUGUGGAGAUGGCCGAGGGCGCUGGCGGCAAUGAAGACAAACUCAACAACUUCGAGCUCUCCUUCGCUGAAGGUAGUGGCGAGGAUCCUCUGGCGCCGCGCGUAACCUUCCUACAGUACCUGACGAGUCCCAUCAUUACCCUUCUGGUUGGAUCAAGCGACAACGAGACAAUUCUCACGGCCCAUCAAGGCCUGCUGACCCAAAGCCCAUUCUUCUCCGUAGCCUGCGCCGAGUUUCUCGAUGACGGAAGCCCCCACCAGAUUGAGCUUCCCAGCGAGGACUUUGACGCUAUCGGCUGCUUCCUCGAGUUCCUCUACACGGGCGACUACUUCCCCCGCAAGAUCCCCGGUCAGCGCACGCUCGAGAAGGAUUCGUCGACUCCCGACGUCGAUGCUACUGGCGACCAGCUUCUCAAGCACGCCAAGGUCUACACUCUGGCCGAGAAGUUUGGCCUCUCACAGCUCAAGAACCUGGCCUCGAGCAAGAUCCACCUCGUCAACUCGACCGCCAAGGGCGAGAUUGCAUACGCGCGCUACGUCUACGAGUUCACCUCCAAAGACGACACAUCAAUCCGCACCUCCGUUGUCAACUUCUGGGCCACGCGUAGCCACACACUCCGCGCCGAGGCUGAGGAAGAGUUCCGCGGCCUGUGCUUGGAGUUCCCGCAAUUCAGCUACGACAUCCUCACUCGGGUCCUCAACGAAAAGCUCAAGCGCGAGCGCAACGAGAAAAUGCACCUAGAUAUGCCCAGCAGCGCCCGCAAGCGCCCCCGCCACAGCAGCAGCGCCGCCGCCACUUAGGAGGAAGAAGAAUAUCAGCAGAAGAAGAUCAAGACAUAAUGCGGCGCGGGCGAUGCCAGGCUAUCUUAGUGCCUUGUGUCAGACGGCA